UCCACCCCCGGGGCCGGCGCGCUUCCGUGGUCGGCUGCAGGGAGGCUUCAGUUCCCGGUGGGCUGUGCUCGCGGUGGGCUCCGCUCCUGGCUGGGCUCCGUGUCGGGCGGGCUGUAGCCCGAGAGCCCCCGCCGAGCCUCCGGAUGCCCGCGCGCGGCGGGGCGCAGCUUUCCCGAAGAUUGGGGCAAAAAAAGCAGCGACUUUUGGAGGCAGAGCAGCAUCAGAGCCCCCCCGAUGGAGCCUGGACGCCUUCCCCCAGAGAGCCCAGCUUGGGGCUGCCUGCAACUCCGGGCCCCCAGCGCAGCAUCUAUUUCUCAAGCCCACAAGGCCGCCCCGCUCGACUGGGAUCAGAGUUUUUCGACCAGCCUGCUGUCUCCCUAGCCCGGGCAUUUCUGGGACAGGUCUUGGUCCGGCAACUUGACAACGGCACAGAGCUCCGCGGCCGCAUCGUGGAGACGGAGGCGUACUUGGGGCCAGAGGAUGAAGCUGCCCACUCGAGAGGCGGCCGGCAGACCCCCCGCAACCGCAGCAUGUUCAUGGAGCCGGGGACCCUGUACGUGUACCUCAUCUACGGCAUGUACUUCUGCAUGAAUGUCUCCAGCCGAGGGGAGGGGGCGUGUGUCCUCCUGCGAGCGCUGGAGCCCCUGGGGGGCCUGGAGACCAUGCGGCAGCUGCGCAGCACCCUCCGGAAAGGCGCGGCGGGCCGGGCCCUCAGAGACCGCGAGCUCUGCAGCGGCCCCUCCAAGCUGUGCCAGGCCCUGGCCAUCGACAAGAGCUUCGACCAGCGGGACCUGGCCAAGGACAAGGCUGUGUGGCUGGAGCGCGGCCCCCCAGGGCCCAGUGAGCCGGUUGUAGUGGCAGCAGCCCGAGUGGGCAUUGGCCACGCGGGCGAGUGGGCCCACAAGCCCCUGCGCUUCUACAUCCAGGGCAGCCCCUGGGUCAGCGUGGUCGACAGGGCAGCCGAGCAGGACGUACAGGCCUGAGCAAGGCCUGCUCAGACAAGGCUUUUUAAUUGUUUAAAAACCAAAUAAAUGCUUUAUUUCU